AUGGCGCAUAACUCCUCUAAAUCUGCCCAAAAACUACACGGUCUUCGCGCAAAACUCCACGCCCAAGCCCGGUACAAGCAGAAGGUCCAGAUGAAGAAACAGAUAAAAUCCCACGAAGAGAAAUCCGUCAAAACUUCGGAUCCUGGUCCAUCUUCCGAGCCAUUGCCUCCAUACCUUUUGGAUCGUAAUGAACCCAAGAGUGCCAAGGCGUUGAGCUCGGCCAUCAAGCAGAAGAGAGCUGAGAAGGCUGCGAAAUUCUCGGUGCCGCUACCGAAGGUUAGAGGUAUUACUGAGGAGGAGAUGUUUAAGGUUAUUAAAACGGGCAAGAAGACGGCAAAGAAGUCAUGGAAGAGGAUGAUUACGAAACCGACGUUUGUUGGACCAGAUUUUACUCGUCGACCCGUGAAGUACGAGCGUUUUAUUCGUCCUAUGGGUCUUAGAUACAAGAAGGCGAGUGUCACACAUCCGGAGCUAGGAGUUACGGUGCAGUUGCCUAUUCUUAGCGUUAAGAAGAACCCGCAGAGCCCCAUGUAUACACAGUUGGGAGUUCUGACGAAGGGAACGAUUAUUGAGGUUAAUGUCAGUGAGUUGGGUAUGGUUACUACCGGGGGUAAGGUAGUAUGGGGUAGGUGGGCGCAGAUUACGAAUAAUUGUGAGAACGAUGGGUGUGUUAAUGCGGUGCUACUGGUGUGA